AUUAUAUAACUAAAAACUAUGAAGAUUUUUUUCAUGAUCAGAAAAUAAGUACAUCUACCAAACCUCAAGUUUCUGAUUCCUCUAAUUUGAAAGUUAAUAUCCUAACCAUUGGUCAGGAUCUUAAUCAAAAUUCAAAAACUGAAAUAA